AUGGAAGAGAAGGUGCCCCUCGUCCCGGACACGCACGAGCACAUCAAGGCGCCGCCACCGGACGAGACGAUGCCAUCUCGCAAGACAAGGAGGACGCGACUCCAGAUGGCGGCUUUUGUGUUGCUCUUCAGUCUGUUCUGGCUGGCACGCACCUUCACAUGUACAGACAUGCACGACGAGGCCGACACAAAGGUACCGGUCGAUGUGCACAUCAUGUCAAAGUGUCCAGAUGCGCGCGACUGCCUGAAGAAGCUCGUCUUGCCCGCCAUGGCCAACGUGUCGGACAAGGUAGACUUCCGCUUGAGCAUGAUCGGAAGCCUGACAGCAGACGACGGCGUUGAAUGCAAACACGGCCAAACAGAAUGUCUAGGCGACAUUGUCAUGCUGUGCGCCGCAUCCGAGUACCCCGAUCCUAAGCUCUACCUUGGUUUCACCAACUGCCUUACAAACGACUAUUCCGAGAUACCCGCCCGCUCCCUCAUCGAAGAUUGCGCGCUGGAGCAUGGCCUGGACUUUGGCGUGCUCAACGAUUGCAUGAGCAAGGAGAACGGCGCAUACGGCAUGGGUCUUUUGCGAGAUAGCGUGCAGCAUAGUAGCCAUGUAGGCGUCACCACCAGCUGUACCGUGAGAUUGGACGACAAAGUGCGCUGUGUUACCGAUGGAGGCAAGUUCAAGGACUGCGAGGGUGGAGAAAAGCCAGAGGAUCUGAUUCGGGACAUUGAAAGACUGUACCAUGAAGCGCAGGGUUGGACAUACUCUUGA